GCAGCUGUCGACGGUCUUACUGCCUUUCCUUCCUCCGAUCGUUCUCAUUCUGUUAGCGUCACGGCACUGUGAGCUUAUUCGCCCCGAUCCCGCCUCUUCUGCUGCGAAGAUGGAUCCACAGCAGACUUCUCUGCAACGCCUUCACAACGUCGAGAAGGUUGGCUUUGACCCCUUUCUUCUCCCAUCCCCUUCUUCCCACCGUAUCAGAUCCUUUGGUGACGCUGCUCUCACCUUCUCUUUCUCUCUUUGCCGGUGCUGCUUCCGUUUCCUUUUUAUUUUGGGGGCGGGCUUGGAUUGGCGCCGCCAUCAGCGGAUAGUGCGCGUGCUGGAGCUCGCCGGAUCUGUCAUGGACGAGCUCGCCAGUUCGACCGGGCCCCGCGCCGACGUUCUCGCCGUUCACUGCCGUGAGUUCAUGCAGUCCAUCAAGGAAAUCCAGACAACACUUCGUGAAGAAAUUAAGAGUGCUUGUGAAUAUCGUCCAUUUGAGAAAUGCGACUAUAGUGCUAGAAUUUCUAACGAGAUCUGCUCCAAGAAAUUGGAAUACAUCAUCGAGCAGUUGGAUGACAUCAAAGAAAGCAUCAACUAGUACAAAGAUUGAAUUGCACAAGCAAUGCGGUUCUCCAAAUGCAAUCAAAGAAUCCAGUGCAUGAUGGAGACACAAGGGAACUCAGAUCAGGUCAGCCACAUCAUGUCUACCUUCUUCUCAUGGUUAGGUUUAAUUCUGAGUGUCAAUGUGCCAUAGAAAGGCAAAAGAAGUGUGCAAUUGAUAUAUGAUUUCUUGGAAGCCAUGCAAAUGAUGCAUAAUUAUUUCUGUAUACUAUAAAUGAGAAAAUUCUUACUUACCAUCAGCCAUAAAAAAAUAUGAAGGUAAUCAUAAUUUUCAUUUAACGAUUUGAAAUAUCAUAUAACAAUUUUGAAGAAGUUAUGUAAGGCUAAGCAACUAAGGAUAUUGAUCGUUGAUUUACAAUUUUCAGGA